AAAUAAAGGGUGGGGCCAGCGAGGGGAGGAGGAAAGCAAAGAUUGAGAGAAGCCAGAACGUGGCUCCUCUCCCAGUUAACCUGCUGGAGCCCAUCAGGCUUGCUCAGAGCCCCUGCACCAACUCACCCUGUACCCUCUCUCCUUCUUCAUUAGUCUUCUUUCCCCCUUUCCCCUCUUCUGUCUGCACCUACCCCCCACUUUUGCAUCUGACCAAAGGACGAAUGAGGGAGACGUUCCUGCAGAUCGGGGCAGCAACUUUCCUCAGCUGGUCUCUGGGCUCCGGGAGCCAGAGAGCGCUGAUCCUCCGCGGUCUGCGGCCCAUGGAAGAGGAAGAGGAGGAGCCGUGAUGGGCUAGCGACAGCACUGAGGAGCCCCGAGCGAGCUCAGCCUUGCCAGCCAGCUCCGCGGUCCCACGCGGGUUCCCUCGAGCUCGCUCCGUGGGGAGCGCGCAGCGUGCUUGGAACCGGGGCAUCCAGAGAGGAUGAGGCGGGGACCCGGCCCAAGUUGGGUGCAUCUCUCGGGCGUCCGGCAGCGGCUGUAUCUCGGCAUGAAUUAAGAAGCUAGGAAGAUGGAGCACGGCACACUCCUCGCCCAGCCCGGGCUCUGGACCAGGGACACCAGCUGGGCACUCCUCUAUUUCCUCUGCUAUAUCCUCCCUCAGACCGCCCCGCAAGUACUCAGGAUCGGAGGGAUUUUUGAAACAGUGGAAAAUGAGCCUGUUAAUGUUGAAGAAUUAGCUUUCAAGUUUGCAGUCACCAGCAUUAACAGAAACCGAACCCUGAUGCCUAACACCACAUUAACCUAUGACAUCCAGAGAAUUAACCUUUUUGAUAGUUUUGAAGCCUCGCGGAGAGCAUGUGACCAGCUGGCUCUUGGUGUGGCUGCUCUCUUUGGCCCUUCCCAUAGCUCCUCCGUCAGUGCUGUGCAGUCUAUUUGCAAUGCUCUCGAAGUUCCACACAUACAGACCCGCUGGAAACACCCCUCGGUGGACAACAAAGAUUUGUUUUACAUCAACCUUUACCCAGAUUAUGCAGCUAUCAGCAGGGCGAUCCUGGAUCUGGUCCUCUAUUACAACUGGAAAACAGUGACCGUGGUGUAUGAAGACAGCACAGGUCUAAUUCGUCUACAAGAGCUCAUCAAAGCUCCCUCCAGAUAUAAUAUUAAAAUCAAAAUCCGCCAGCUGCCCUCUGGGAAUAAAGAUGCCAAGCCUUUACUCAAGGAGAUGAAGAAAGGCAAGGAGUUCUAUGUGAUAUUUGAUUGUUCACAUGAAACAGCCGCUGAAAUCCUUAAGCAGAUUCUGUUCAUGGGCAUGAUGACCGAGUACUAUCACUACUUUUUCACAACCCUGGACUUAUUUGCUUUGGAUCUGGAACUCUAUAGGUACAGCGGCGUAAACAUGACCGGGUUUCGGCUGCUUAACAUUGACAACCCUCACGUGUCAUCCAUCAUUGAGAAGUGGUCCAUGGAGAGACUGCAGGCCCCACCCAGGCCCGAGACUGGCCUUUUGGAUGGCAUGAUGACAACUGAAGCGGCUCUGAUGUACGAUGCCGUGUACGUGGUGGCCAUUGCCUCGCACCGGGCAUCCCAGCUGACCGUCAGCUCCCUGCAGUGCCACAGACAUAAGCCAUGGCGCCUCGGACCCAGAUUUAUGAACCUGAUCAAAGAGGCUCGGUGGGAUGGCUUGACUGGGCAUAUCACCUUUAAUAAAACCAAUGGCUUGAGGAAGGAUUUUGAUCUGGACAUUAUUAGUCUCAAAGAGGAAGGAACUGAAAAGGCUGCUGGCGAAGUGUCUAAACACUUGUAUAAAGUGUGGAAGAAGAUUGGGAUUUGGAAUUCCAACAGUGGGCUUAACAUGACGGACAGCAACAAAGACAAGUCCAGCAAUAUCACUGAUUCAUUGGCCAACCGAACACUCAUUGUCACCACCAUUCUGGAAGAACCCUAUGUUAUGUACAGGAAAUCUGAUAAGCCUCUAUAUGGAAAUGACAGAUUUGAAGGAUAUUGCCUGGACCUGUUGAAAGAAUUGUCAAACAUCCUGGGUUUCAUUUAUGAUGUUAAACUAGUUCCCGAUGGCAAAUAUGGGGCCCAGAAUGACAAAGGGGAGUGGAACGGGAUGGUUAAAGAACUCAUAGAUCACAGGGCUGACCUGGCAGUGGCUCCUCUUACCAUCACCUACGUGCGGGAGAAAGUCAUUGACUUCUCCAAACCCUUCAUGACCCUAGGCAUCAGCAUUCUCUACCGGAAGCCCAAUGGUACCAAUCCAGGCGUUUUCUCCUUCCUCAACCCCCUGUCCCCAGAUAUUUGGAUGUAUGUGCUCUUAGCCUGCUUGGGAGUCAGCUGUGUACUCUUUGUGAUAGCAAGGUUUACACCCUACGAGUGGUAUAACCCCCACCCAUGCAACCCUGACUCAGACGUGGUGGAAAACAAUUUUACUUUACUAAAUAGUUUCUGGUUUGGAGUUGGAGCUCUCAUGCAGCAAGGAUCAGAGCUGAUGCCCAAAGCUCUAUCGACCAGAAUAGUUGGAGGGAUAUGGUGGUUUUUCACCCUAAUCAUCAUUUCAUCCUACACGGCCAAUCUGGCUGCCUUCUUGACAGUAGAGAGAAUGGAAUCCCCCAUAGAUUCAGCAGAUGAUCUGGCAAAGCAAACCAAGAUAGAAUAUGGGGCGGUUAGAGAUGGAUCAACAAUGACCUUCUUCAAGAAAUCAAAAAUCUCCACCUAUGAGAAGAUGUGGGCUUUCAUGAGCAGCAGGCAGCAGACCGCCCUGGUAAGAAACAGUGAUGAGGGGAUCCAGAGAGUGCUCACCACAGACUACGCGCUGCUGAUGGAGUCCACCAGCAUUGAGUAUGUGACGCAGAGAAACUGCAACCUCACUCAGAUCGGGGGCCUCAUUGACUCCAAAGGUUACGGAGUGGGAACACCUAUUGGUUCUCCUUACCGGGAUAAAAUUACUAUUGCUAUUCUUCAACUCCAAGAAGAAGGGAAGCUGCAUAUGAUGAAAGAGAAGUGGUGGCGUGGGAAUGGCUGCCCCGAGGAAGACAACAAAGAAGCCAGUGCCCUGGGAGUGGAAAAUAUUGGAGGCAUCUUCAUUGUUCUGGCUGCCGGACUGGUCCUUUCUGUAUUUGUAGCUAUUGGAGAAUUCAUAUACAAAUCACGGAAGAAUAAUGAUAUUGAACAGUGUCUCUCUUUCAACGCCAUCAUGGAAGAACUGGGAAUCUCACUGAAGAAUCAGAAAAAAAUAAAGAAAAAGUCAAGAACUAAGGGGAAAUCUUCCUUCACAAGUAUCCUUACUUGUCAUCAGAGACGAACUCAGAGAAAAGAGACUGUGGCGUGAUCCAAGGAAACACCUGAAGGAAGAAAAAGGAUGCACUCCCUACAGAUUUUUGGAGAAAGGAUUUCUGAUGAGUGUGUGAUGUGUUUCCAUAUAUCUAUAUCCAUAACUCUGAUUAUGUAUACAGAUAUAAGAAAUACAAAAGUUUAAAAAGCUCACAUAGAUACGACUCGGGAAGUGACACCAGUUCUUUUAAAAUAAAUUUGUAUGCUCACUUAUUUUGCAUUUUUUCUUUUGCCCAAAUAAAUUGUUGUGUGUGCUUUCUAAAUAAUAAUAAAACAACAGGGUUUUUUUCCA